ACGCCAGCAACGAACUGUUUCAUGUCAUACAAGUGAGUUUCUGCUUGUGUUCCAGGGCUUUGCAAGGAAAGAUGAACUGGCGAAGGGUGCGGGAAUGGGGCUGUCUUAUCGUCAAUCGUUGCAGCAGAGCAUUUAUAAUAAAAAAAAAACCUCCAUAAUCACUUUCUUAACGAAUCAUAAGUCACAAGGAAACACUUCUUUGAACUUCUUUUAAAUUCACGGCGUCAACCGCUACUUUUAGUACAUAAGUGCAAAGAAAGUUUAAAGUUCAGAAUUUUCGUGUCUAGAUAUUUUUUUACUUCCAAGUCUCACGUAUGUUGUUCCAGGAAUAUUCAGCCAACCACAUCACACAUUUCAAUCACAGCUUAAUACAAUGGGGAAUCUGCGUGACGAAGACAUGUCGGCUAUACCUCGACAACCAAACAGACGUGCACGUGGCCCUCGAAGCCUGCCUCAAUUCCUCGCUCCAGCAGACGCACCAGCUGCAUGCGCGGCUGGUGGAGGACCAGGUCUACUGUACCGAGUUCGAGGAAACCAUCCCCAUAGAUACCGGAGACAUUAUUGUAGCUACAGUUUUUAUUGUGAUCAUCGCUCUAAACAUUGUUGCAAGCUUGUAUGAUUUUUGUUUUGUCCCGAAGAAGUCUUUAGGUAGGUAAACAUUUAAAAUAUUUUGUAACGCUAGUUUAAAGUCGAUUUUUUUAGCUUUAGAAAGAGCUUAGCUUUAGAUUCCAAAUCGGAUAAUUUUUGCGGUAAAAUUUUGAAGUUAAUUAUAAGUAUUGAAAAAAAAAAAUAAAUAAUAAAUAUUAUAGGACAUUAUUACACAAAUUGACUAAGUCCCACAGUAAGCUUAAUAAGGCUUGUGUUGAGGGUACUUAGACAACGAUAUAUAUAAUAUAUAAAUAUUUAUAAAUACUUAAAUACAUAGAAAACACCCAUGACUCAGGAACAAAUUUCCAUGCUCAUCACACGAAUAAAUGCCCUUACCAGGAUUUGAACCCGGGACCAUCAGCUUCGUAGGCAGGGUCACUACCCACUAGGCCAAACCGGUCGUCAAAUCAAAUCAAUUGACCAUGGUACAUUAGAUAAUUCCAUUAUUAUUAGCAAUUAAAAGAGCCCUAUAAAAAGUGCACACUUACUUCUGUGGAGUUCUUUCUAAUGCUAAAGUAAGUAAAGUAAAGACCUAUAUUUUUUCAAUUCACAGUUAGAAUACUGCUGUGUUUCUCUGCGAAGAGUAAUUGGGAGCGUCUGAUGGCACCACCGGGGGAAGGCCCAGAGCCACGGCUGCGACGGCUUCAGAUGUUUAACGGGGUGAAGUGAGUGGGGCAAUGUAUCUUUACCACAUUUCUUCAUUUAUGUCAAAUUCAAAAAGAUACUCUUUACUCAAAACUCAUGUAACUUAUAAUGCUAUGUGCCUUUUAAACAAAAAUACCUACCUACAAUUUGUCUCCUAUUUUCAGAUCGUUGACGACGUUCUUGGUGGUGUUUGCGCACUCGCCACUCAUCCCGCUCAUCGCCUUAAAUAACACCCAUUUUGUAGAGUUGGUAAGAUAAAUACCUACUUCAGUGCCAAGUACCACAUUUCUUACAGCGUGUUUUUGACAGGGAACGUGUUAAAACAUUUCCUUUGUUAAGGGUCGCGAUCACCUAAUUCGUUUUACCUAGUUUUUGCCAUAAAAUUUUUAGAGUUGGUAUAUAAAAUUCUUCAUUUUCCGCAAUCGUCAGUUUUCUAGCUAAGUGUAAUCUUUGCAGAGCUACUACAAUCCAAUGUUCCUCACAAUAUUCAAUGGGAGCCUGUUGGUACAGAGCUUCUUGUUGAUGUCAGGGUUCCUGCUGGCAUUCAACCUAUUGCUGGUAGAGGAGAAGGUUAAACUCUCAUGGAGCAAGUUACCAACGUGGACAAUGUUAAGGUGGAUGAGGUAUAUAAAAGUCCCUUCAAGGUGUGAAAAAAUUAAACUUCUAAAGGUUGAGACUGCUACGAAGUAUUUGACGCUGACUGUACCUACAAUUUUUUACGAAACCCUCAGCCAGUCGACUCGCACUUGUCCGGUUUUUUUUUCCAGGUUGACUCCACCGUACGCUGCAGUGCUAGCUGUAGUAGCUACUUGGAUUAGACGUUUUGGAAAUGGCCCCAUGUGGAAGUCGAUUAUUGGCGAGGAAGCGGAUGCUUGCCGUCGGGACUGGUACUACCAACUGCUGUACGUCAACGACUACGUGGAUCCUUCGAAAUGCAUGGAGCACACAUGGUAUAUAGCAGUGGACAUGAAGCUAACGAUUCUCGGUCUAGUAAUAUUCUGCUUACUACGAGGUUGGCGUGCGCGGAAGAUAGCCAUCGGCGUGGUGAUAGUGGUUGGCGUGCUUACGCAAGCGGCGCACAUCUACUUCCAGGACUUGAACGCCACCGUCUUGAUUUCACCAGAAGACUUGCGCCAUUACAUUGUGGAUGACCCAACCUUCACCUACUUGUACAAACGGACCCACACCAACCUCGUGUGCUACGCCAUGGGCCUGGCGCUUGGCAUGUGGAUCUACAGCUUGAUGAACAGCAACAACAACUUUAACAUCACCAAAUACAAAAAAUACCGUUACAUCUAUUGGUCAACGGUCCCGGCCGGGUGGCUCCUGAUCAUCUGCGGUGGUAUUUUCUACAUCGACGGCAUCCAGAUCCCGCUAGUUGUGCGCCUCUUGUACUCACCUGUGGUCAAGAUCCUGUUCGGGAUAAUUUUCUUCAUCUUCACGAUAGGAACCGUCUUUAAAGUGGAAAGUAAGCAACAACCACCAUUCGAUACUUAUAGGUCGGUGUAUCGUGGGCUGCUGGAAUGGCGUGGCUGGGCAGUGUUCGGCCGCGUGUCGUACUGCGCCUAUCUGAUCCACUUGUCCGUCAUACGCUACAAUGUGGCCAACCACACCACCCUGCUGCACUCCAACUUCUCCCUGGUGCUUCUAACUUACUUCGGGCAGCUGGUCGCGACCUACAUCUUGGCGUUCCUCUGCUGGAUGAUGAUCGAGGCCCCCUUCAUCCAACUGGUGAAGGUCUGCUUCUAUCCCUCGCCGAAUGAACAGAAAGAAGACAAGGAGACAGAAAAGACUUUGCAAUUUGAGGACGCUCAUCAGAAGAGUGCAGAUGCCGAACAUCAGGCUUGA